CACCGAAGUUGGUAAAGUGUGCCAGCCGGGAGCAGCCGCCCCCCGCGGUCUUAGCUGCGCAGCGCCUGGCAGACCGCCUCAGGGACACCGGACUGCCGCCGCCACCUCCACGUGGAGCGCAGGAGGGAGAGGGGUGCGCCGGCGCCCUGGCGCAGCUCCGUCGCCUCACUGGGGGCGAAAUCUGGGAACUCGUCGAGGAGCUUGACUGCCGGGUCGCUGCCGACUGUAUCGACUAUCACUGUGUACCGAGGUUGAACAACAUGAAAUGGAACAUGACAACGCUGCAAACAGAUGAUCUGAGGCAUCAUAUCCUGUCCCAGUCAGUGCAUGCUGUUCGACAAAUCACAAGAGUCACGGUCGGCAUGGUGAAUUGUGAGUGGUGGCGUCCUGUUCAGUUUGUGGAUAAACCUGAACUGCAGGCCCAGGCGGCUAUUUUCCGGGAACGCCUCUCCAGCUACUGGCGGGAAUUGGCGCAGCUGCUCUCACUCGGUGCGACGCACGCCUCACAGCUGUUGCUUCCCCUCGCAUUCGAACGUAUGGGUAACCACGCAAGUGAUCAGCAACUCCACGGUUGGAUUAAGGACAUGGAACGUGUGAAAGACAUGCUGCGCACGAAAUUAACCGGAUGGGUACAGGACUUGCAAUUCGCCAGCAAACAGAUGGAGCACUACGAGGUGGAGGGAGAGAAGGACAGACCAGGGCACUUGAUACUCAGACGGCCGCUGUUGAGUGACCGACUGCUGCGCUAUCAGCCGUGGAACCUCUCCUCUGACGACGACUUCCGUGCGCUCUGCAAGCAGCGGCACCCAGAGGCGUCGCAAAUGUUCAGCCUCGCUGACGAUCUGUACGCCUUCAGCCGUGUCUACUGGUUCGCUGCAGCGGAGUACAUCGAUUCAUACUACGAAUAUCAUGUCAAGAUUGUAGGUAAGUUUAUUACUGGGACCUGGCCACUUCACGGUUAUGCGCUGACAACUGUUCAGUUGUUCGAGGAAUGA